AUGAAGGACACUCAGGUGAAGGCAAAGCGGUAUUACGACCAAACCGCUAAGCCGCGAACAUUUUCCGUCGGCGACAAGGUGAUGCUCUUGAGGCCAUCGACGAAGAAUAGGCUCGAGGUGCAAUGGGAGGGACCCGUGGAAGUGUUGCAUAAACUUUCGGAUGUGAACUACGUCGUGAGCACGCCCGGUAAACGUAAAAUACAGAGGGUGUAUCACAGCAAUCUAAUAAAGGCGUACCGGCAACGUGAGACUGUGAUGAGUUUGACGGUACACCACCCCGAGGAGGUCAGUCUUGCGUUUCUCGAGAUUAGUGAAACCCCGAUCGCGUGCUCGGUCGAACAGGUACUCGAGAAGGCUGUUGUAUCUGCUGAUUUGGAACCAAGGGACCCGACCUUCAUCGCCGUGCUGCACCACCUUGGAUUCCCACAUCUCGGGAAUUGGAUGGUGAGCACCAGUGGCCGCACGACCAAGGGAGCCGCCCUGAGGUUCUACAAGGAAAUCGCCAGCUCCAUCGAGUUUCUGCAGGCCCAAUUUUCCUGGGAAUACCUGGCGACCGUCGGAAAGAGGCGGCUCUACUGGGAUGCCGUUUCCGCAUCCUUCCCGCCACCGCUCUACAGACAACCACCGACGCCCGACGACGCGACGCGACUUUACAAACUCGUGCGAAUCCUUCCCAUCCCUGUGGCGACAAGGGACUUCUUCGUCCGGAUGCACAUGGAGGUCCUUCCAGUUAAAACCUGGCUCCAUCACAAGGGGUUCUUCGUGCCGUGGUCCCUAAACUGCGACCUUUGCGGGGCGCCCGAGACCAUCCAGCACGUCUUAGUCGAGUGUAGCAAUGCCUACCUCUUCUGGGACGAGAUGAGGACGACGUUUGAGCUCAGGGACUCCUUCGAAGUGGAGUGGAGCGUCUUCAAGUAUCUGCAACUCGGGGAGAGGGAUAAGACGGAGGUGGCGCACGUGAUGAUGCUGCUGGGCCUGCACGCCAUCUGGCAGUCGCGUACCGCAAUGGUGCAAUGCCAUCUCGACGCGCGUCCAACCUGGAGCUACUUCGUGUCCACGUUGGGGUGGGUGCUAUCGGUGACGUCGCGGCAGCCGAACGCGGGUGGUUGGGAGUGCAUCGAGCGACAACUCGAGGAAGGGCGUCGCCGCUGCGUGCAACGACGUACGCCAGGCGUGGGAAACUGGCGAGUUCCUGUGAACUAUUACAUAACCGCUCACGCGGUCUCAUACUGUAUCGUUUGCGUUUCCUCUCAAUCGUUUCCGCCAAGUCUGGUCAGUUUGUAUAACGUUUCUAUACGAGCUAUCCACCUGUCGUUUUCUGAAUUACUUUUCAAUUUGGUCUUGUAUAAUGUUUGCGAAACCUACUGCAAGGAUGUCUGUAAAUAA